AUGGAGGAAUUUAACGAAACCUUGGAGGGGUUAGAGGGCAAAAUAACGGAGUAUGAAAAACAGCUAGCCUUGGUAAGAGACGAAAUAAAAAAAUAUGAACAGGCCACCGGAGAAGAAGAUGAACAAAUUAAGAAUCUGAAAAAAUUGGAAUGUGACAUGCUGGAGGUCAUAAAUUUGACUCUUGAUUUGAUUAAUUACAAGAAGCAGAACGAAGCGGAAGGCGACUUGCUUGAACCGACCCUGGAGAAAGAACCUGCGGAGGAUCCAAACGAAGGCGCCACAAAGGAAGCGAGCGCAGUUAUUGGGAGAACAUGUAGCUUCAUCUAUGAAAGCAAGAAAGUGUACGGACUCAUCCAGAACGUCGUUAAAGAAAAUGACAUAGAGCAGCUGUUAAUAAGUAUAUUUGAAAACAAUGAGCAGAUUAUGAUUCCCCCCAAAUAUGUCCUCCUGAACGAGGUACUGACGGAGUCUGCCCUCGCCGAGAACAGCCAGUUCCAGGCCCUCUACAAGAAGGACGGCCUCUGGUACGACUGCAUCGUCUUGAAGAACAUGGGCGACUCAUUCCUCGUCAACUACAUCGGAUACAACACCAGCGAGUACGUAAAGAACGACCAAGUCAGAAUUAAAAAAAAAAAAAAAGUGAAAGAAAUAGUCACCCCGGCAGGCUAUAAGAUUCCGGAAAAUUUAAUCGUAAAGGAAAACGACUCUUUAAAAGUUCAACUGAGAAAAAAGAAAAAAAGAAUAGCUCUCAAAAAAAAACAAAAAAGUGAAUUGAUAAAUAAAGAAUAUACAAAUAAAACGCAGCAGUGGAGGUCGUUUCACGAAAAGGCUGUCAGCAAAAGCAAACACCUCCUCGUGGCCCAUAAGAAGGUGGAGAAUAUUGAAUAUAAAAACACCCCCUCGAGUUUCACCAUCAGGAGGAAGUUCGACUGCAAUGAUAAUGAGGACUGA